UUUUGCGUAUUUUGUUUUUCCACAGGCACAAUAACUUGCCUGAAAUUCCACGGCAACAGGCACUUAAUUAGUGGGGCGGAAGAUGGACUCAUUUGUGUCUGGGAUGCAAAGAAAUGGGAGUGCCUGAAGUCGAUUAAGGCGCACAAAGGACAUGUGACCUUUCUUUCUAUUCACCCAUCUGGCAAGUUGGCCCUGUCUGUGGGGACAGAUAAGACAUUAAGAACAUGGAAUCUUGUGGAAGGAAGAUCAGCAUUCAUAAAAAAUAUAAAACAGAAUGCUCACAUCGUGGAAUGGUCCCCAAGAGGAGAGAAAUAUGUAGUUGUCAUACUGAAUAAAAUAGAUGUCUAUCAUCUUGACACAGCAGCUGUUAGUGGCACCAUCACAAACGAAAAGAGAGUAUCUUCUGUUACGUUUCUUUCAGAGUCUGUCCUUGCAGUGGCUGGAGAUGAAGAAGUUGUAAGGUUUUUUGACACUGAUUCAUUAAUGUGCCUCUGUGAAUUUAAAGCUCAUGAAAACAGGUAUUUCUUUAACCAAUUUAUUGUGCGUAUGUGUACAGCCUCAACAAAUAUUAUAUGCAGUAGUUUCAUAAAGCAGCAUAUAUGUUUUAUGAACAAUUGCAGAGAUAGAGGUAUCUGCAUAUAUAUAUAUGACAUCCAGAGUCUGAGAGGAUGAUGGAAGUGUCUUUGUGGCCUUAGUAAAUGCAAAAGUGAUAAAAUUGUUGUUAGGGUCACCAAAGAAGGGACGCAUGAGGCCAAAGUGGUAAGGGAUUAUAAAUUUAUUAGCAGAUGGGCUGAGCCCCAAAAUGGCACCAGCCCCCAAAGACGGUGAGUUGGAUGGUUUUAAGGACUCUAGGCAGGCUUUUUCUGGGCAGAGAAUUCUCUGUGCAAGUGUGGAUUCUGGGAAACUCCAGAAGGGAGAGAUAAUGGUCUUAGCCAGUGGAAUGUGGUCUACGCAAGUGGAAUGUCCAUUGAGAAGUCCCAGGGGAGGGGGUAUCAAUUCAAUUAUUUGAUCAGACCUAAUAGUUGUCAUCAGGACUAGUCACUCGCACAAGAUACUUUUCUAAUGAUCUCAUUAGUCUUGGUGCCUGAAAUCAACCAUAUUUGAACAGGAAAAAAUAAUUAAAGUCUUGAGCUUUGCCCUGGCCACUCUUAUCUUUUUACUUUAUUCCCCUUGUCCACAUCGUCCUUCUUUAUACCCCACUUGUUUUUCCUGCAGAAGAAAUACUGGGCAUUAUAGACUUCAGUUUUGUGUCAGUCUCUUACCUCAUACUGCUCACUGUAUUUCUAGGGGUAGAGUCUGAGUCUCAGAGUAAAUAGUUAAGUGACUUUGCUCUUACUCUUGGGGCCUGAAAUCAACCCUAUUUCCACUGUUAGCUACUGGAGGUGGGAUCCAAACCUGGUUCUAUCUGACUCUGCCCCUGCUUUUCCCAUUAUAAUUUUGAAAAAGGUGAUAAUGUAAAGAGUUAUACUUUAAUAUGCUUCAUUUGCAUGUUCUACAUCUUAAGUAAGUCUUAGUUCUUACCGUAUUUUCAAAGUAAUAGUUAGGUUUUAAGAAACCUCUCUUUGUAAAUAUAGUACUCAGAAUACUGCAAUCACUGUACAGACCUAGUUAACAUGAUCAGGAAAGGGGGAGUGGGACCUAGGGAUGAAAAAGGAACUUUUUUUUUUAGUAUAUUUUUAUUGACUUCAGAGUGGAAGGGAGAGAGAGAUAGAAACAUCAACAAUGAGAGAGAAUCAUUGAUCGGCUCUUUCCUGCACACCCCACACUGGGGAU